CUGGAAUUUGUAACCAUGAACCCACCAUUGCUUGCUAUUUGCUUUUAUGUGACCCAUGCUCAGGUCCUCUUAUCUGAACCUAGACAGUUACAACUGAGAAAAUUCAGCAACAGCUCUGGACAAAUUCAGACCAGCAGAGACACCAUGAUAAAAAGUCUGUUGUUUUUGCUGUUGGUGGCUGUAGCGAACGCUAAACGCUUCCAGCGCUGUGAAUGGGCCCACAAGUUGAAGGAUAGUGGAAUGGACGGCUACCGCAAUAUCAGUUUGGCUGACUGGGUUUGCCUGACCAAAUGGGAGUCAGGCUACGACACCAUGAAGACCCACCACAACAACGAUGGAUCCACUGAUUUUGGCAUCUUUCAGAUUAAUAAUCGCUGGUGGUGCAAUGACAAAAUCAUGUCUUUCAGAAAUGGAUGCCAAAUCAAUUGCAAGGACCUUUUAAGUGAUGAUGUCACCGUGGCAAUCAACUGUGCCAAACGUGUUGUUAAAGACCCCCAAGGCAUCGCAGCCUGGUAUGGAUGGCGUAGUCACUGUCAAGGUCGUGAUCUCACACCCUAUUUGGAUGGAUGCGGUUUUGAAUCAACACACAGAAACAGGAGGGUGUCAUCGGCAUAAUAAAAUGUCCCCAUUGUCUUCUAAAACAUUCAAACUGUUUCCAUAUUUGAGCUUAUAGAAGUAAAAUAUACUUAGUUACUUAAACCAAUAAAUUCAGUUUAAAUCUUGA